AUGGAUAUGGAAAAGGCUUAUGAUAGGGUGUCAUGGAAAUACUUGAUGCAAGUGUUAAGGAAGAUGGGGUUUGCAGAAUGCUUCAUCAAUAUGGUGUGGAAUAUGAUUGCUAACAAUUGGUACUCAGUCAUGGUUAAUGGGCAAGCAUCAGGAUUUUUUCAUUCAACAAGGGGUGUGAAGCAAGGGGAUCAACUAUCCCCAGCUUUGUUCAUUCUGUCAGCUGAAGUUUUAUCAAGAUCACUGAAGAAAAUGUUUGAAGACAAGCAGUUUAGAGGAUUUGGAAUGCCAAAGUGGACUGAUCCUUUGAACUACCUUACCUAUGCUGAUGACACUAUUAUAUUUGCCUCUACAGAUCCUUACUCAUUACAAAAGAUUGUUGAUGUGUUGGUUCAGUAUGAACACCCUUCUUGA